CUGUCGGAGUCUCACUCAAGAGCAACAAUGCUGCUUUAGAAAUCUUAAGCUUUAGUAUCUAUGCCUUUCUUUGUUACAAUCCACAUUACAAUGCAUUCACAGACGAUCAUCUUUGUCAGUCUUCGCCGACGUUGUAUUGUGGCACUUGUUGCACCCUGACAGGAACUGAGAAGUGAGCACCCACACAGGAAAUGUGGUCAAGGUCUGUGCCGGAUGUUGGUUGCAUGACGUGAAUCGAAUAAUUUAGACAGACACAGAAGCAUAGACAAAAAAGUGUGAGAGAUAGAGGAAGAAAUAAAUGAAGGUGAGAAUAAGUAAGACAGACAAGAAGAGGAUAUGAAAGGUGAUAUUCUGUCGUUGGCAGAGAUGCCUUCGGUUUGUGCUGACAACACACAGCUCAAAUGUUGACUCUUUCUCGGUUUAUCCUUCACCCCUACAGUAGUGCAGCGUGGUGAUCAAAUGAUAAACAACACAGGACUGUUAAACUGCUCGCCAGAGAGAGCCCCACCCUUUGCCUCCCGCCUAAUCCCCACCUUACACCUCUACUGUAUCUCUCUUUCUCUCUUGCUCACUUGCUCGGCUGAUUUUUCUGUGUCUGUGGUCAGGAAGUAGAGUCAUGGCUUUGUGACAUUUCAGUGGAAGUCUAUUGCACUGCACACUUGCAAUGCCACACCAAGAAGCUAAAAACAUUGACAAAUGAGCAGCUCUGCCUUAAAAAACAGUGGAUUAUGUUUGCAUACAAAUGAUCUUUCAGUGGCUCCGAUGGAGGUUGUAAGACACUUCACAUUUAUGAGAUCUGACAAGAUGGACGUUUUGUAGCAAGAAAUCAUUUGCAGCUACAGCAGCUUUCACCAAAACCCACAGACACCUCGACAACGGAACUGACUGAGAUACAUGCUAAUGGCGGAGGAAGACGUGUGCCCCUCUCUGCCAGAUAUCACAGAUUUAGUCCUCCAGCAGCCUCAGCAAGAGUCAUGGGCCUCUACAGACCACCAGUUCUGCAAUGGAGAACAGGAGGCCAUUGUGUGGGGCGAGACGGAGCUGCAGAUCAACCAGGAACGAGAGACAGACGAGCUCAGACGAGACGCUGCCGAGGAGGCGGAGCAGUGGGAGCAGAUGAUAUGGCCGGUGCGCCCCAUGAGCUGCACCAGUCCCCCAAUCUCCUUCGCCACAGUGCAGUGGGACAUGCCCGAUCCCACUGCAAAGGCCUCUACACUCAUGACUGACAGCAGCACGGGGCGUGAGCUGGACUUAGGCAGCGUGAUGACUCUAGACACCACUUCCCCGUCAUUUCACCAAUCUGAAGGCGUUGACGUCGACCUUUUCACACAGGAGGUCAGAGAGGAGGAAGAAAGGGAAGAUUCACAGUUUCUGAACUCGGAUCAAGAGAGGACAGGAAACUGCUCAGAGCCAUGUGAUGCUGCAGAUGUGCAAGAGCCCACGGCGCAGGAACAGGAAGAUUCAACUCAUGAGCUGUUAGACUGUAGUAACGAAGCUCCAUUGCCGACAGACUCAGAGGAGGAGAACGGACACUCAGCAACUUCAGCUCCUGCUGAAACUGUGGACUUAAUCGAUAUUCUAGAAGAGAUUGAUGGCUCAGAAGACGCGGCGGACAGCUUUGUGGACUUAAAACUAGAAGAGGAACAGGAGGAGCCCGGUGUUGUGCUGACUGGACAGGAAGACUCGGAGGAAGAGCAGACUCCUCUGAACAGUGUUGAAAGGGAAGAGGAGAACGAGGAAGGACUUGAGGUAGAAGAGGAGCGGAGUGUUACAAACGUUUCCUGUACUGAAGAAAGUGACGAGGAAAAAACUGACAGUUUUCUGAGUGAUGUGGAGGUUCCUGCAGAACUGCCACAAAGUGACGAUUCUGCACCAACAGUGAACCCAGAUAAGCUAAUUGAUCUGCAACAGACAGAGCUUUCAGAGGAAGGACAACAAUCGGGGCGUGAAGAGGACGUAAAGAUACUCGAACGGUUACAUGAAGAUCCCACAGAACCGACUGCAGAGCCAGAAAUGUGCAAAAAUGUAGAUCAGCACUUGGACCCUGAACAGUCCGAGGCCGCUCACGAUAACGAAGAACAGUUUCAGGCGGAAAGUGAUGCAGAGAGGAUAGAAAGCUCACAAGAGAUACUGGAGCCGACUGAAAAACUGGAGGAGACGAGUUUACAGGAUCAAGAUUGUGACCAAACAACCUCACUGGAGCUGCAGCCUGAGCAAUCUGAGUCUGAGGAUUUGGAGAUGAGCGCAAAGCCAGAGGACAUCCAGGUAGAGGAGGAACACUCUGAAGACCAGUUCGGACAACAUCUGGAAGAGUCAUCACAGAUGGAAUUGGCAGAGGAGCCAACUCAACCUGAAAAUGCCGACCAGCCAGAGGAGUCCACUCUGUCAGACCAGACAGAUUGUAUCGAAGCAGAAGACCCUGUAGUGGCAGAGCAGCAAGAACAGAUGGAGCCGCCAGAGCAGAGUGAGCAAACGACCGACUCGUCACAGCCAGCGCUCUCUGAGCAGCUCGAGCAUCCAGAGGAGAUAGAUGAGUCCGAAAUAACGGAGCAGCUGUCUGCUGAGACUGAGGUCACACGGCAGACAGCCGAGGCAGAGUUGAAUGAGGUGGACAAACAGGCCGAGACUUCACAUCAGGCUGAAGAGGUCGGACGCUCCGAGGAUGGAUCUGUACAGACUGUCUUAACCAACGGCGAGCAGCCCAAACCUCCUGAAACAGCAGUGUCCCUCAUGAACGGAGGGGAGGUGGACAGAGAGAAGGCCCGCUGCCUCGCCGAACGGCUGUUUAAGCUGGAUGGAAUCCAACGUGUGGACGUGGUGAAGCACUUGGACAAAGACAAUGACUUCAGUCAUGCUGUCGGGGAGGAGUACCUGAAAUUCUUUGACUUCACCGGGCAAACCCUCGAUCAUGCCCUGAGGUCUUUCCUGAAAGUGGUGGUGCUGAUAGGAGAGACUCAGGAGAGAGAGCGCGUACUGCAGCAUUUCGCCUGCCGCUUCCAUCAGUGCAACCCCGACUCCUUCUCCUCAUCAGGGGCUGUGCUGGCUCUUACGUGUGCUUUGAUGCUUCUUAACACUGACUUGCAUGGACAGAAUGUGGGAAAAUCCAUGUCCUCCUCUAAGUUUGUGUCCAACCUGGAUGGAAUGAAUGAAGGAGAAAACUUCAGCAAAGACCUCUUGAAAAGUCUUUACAAUUCCAUAAAGAGUGAACCGCUGGAGUGGGCCGUUGAUGAGGAGGAACUGAAGAACUUUGCGUUGGCGGAUGAAGAUGCAGCAGAUGACGCACCGCUGCGUUCCAAAGCAAACCCCUUCCAGGACGUCCCUCAUGACAAAACGGCUGCGGUGGUCAAAGAGGGGUUCCUCCAGAGAAAGCUCCACGCUGACAUAGACGGCAAACGCACUCCGUGGGGGAAGAGAGGCUGGAAGACUUUCUACAGCGGGCUGAGGGGAAUGGUGCUUUACUUACAGAAGGAUGACUACAGGCGCGAUCAGAUGACUAACGAGGAGGUGGUGAGCGUGCAUCACUCUCUGGCUGAGCAGGCAGCCGACUACACCAAGAGGCCACAUGUCUUCCGCCUGCAGACGGCUGACUUGAGGAUUUUCCUCUUUCAGGCCUCAUCCAGGGUGGAGAUGAAUUCAUGGAUCAGCCGCAUCAACCUGGUUUCGGCUCUUCACUCCUCACCUCCGUUCCCCGCCGCCGUCGGCUCUCAGAGGAGGUUCUUCAGGCCGAUCCUCCCCGCCUCGCAGUCCGCUCACACUCUGGAGCGUCAGCUGCAGUCUCAUAUAAGAAUGAUGGAGUCCUUCAAGGCCGAUCUGUCGUACCAUCAGCAAAACCAGCCAGAGGGCAAAAAGGCCAAGGCCAGGGAGCUGGAGGAGCAUCGCCUCAGAGCGGAGUACCUGCGUCACGAGAUGUGUCGCUACGAGCUCUACAUACAGGCACUGGAGGCCUGGAAGAGCAUAAAGAAGACAGACAACGACGCGAUGAGCAACGCAAGCCUGAGCCUGUUUGAUAAAGCAAUGUGUCCAGACUCUGCGGGGGACGAAGAGGAGGGAGAAGGGCUGAAGAAGUCCUACUCCAGCCCCUCUCUGGAGCUGGAGGUGCCCACUCCGACGGUGAUCAAAGUCAGACGCAACAUCUCAGAAAGACGGACUUAUCGCAAGACCAUCAUUCCACGAUUCAACAAGGAGGCCUGACAGGUGACUCAGAGACAACACGACUAGUUAACAACCCUUUGGAUAUGCAGAUUUAUCCAGUUCUCCUGGGAGCUGACGAGACUUCAGUCUUUUAGUUUGGUUUGGAAUUUUCUGCAUUUUUAUUUUGUGCACUUUUAAAAAAAAAAAAAAAACCUCAGGGAAUCCCUUAUCCUCAUUCUCUGAUUCACUGGACUCAAAAUGACUGUAGCCUAAUUUAUAUAGCGUUGCUGGUCUGCAGUUGUACACAGAGCGGUGCAAAGUCAGCUUAACCUGGCCUUCAUUUGUUAAUUUACUUUGGGUCGAAAUGUGCCUUUAAAAUGUUAACCACUAGAGGGUGCUGUAGUACAGCACAUCUCAGAGUGAAUGGAAGGGGACAGGAUGUGCUGUCAGGUGGUUUGAAACUUGUGUUUUUAAAGAAUCCUAUUUGCACUUUUAUUGUUUUUAAUGUGUAAAAAAUGUUGAUUUGUUUUCAUGUAUUCAUGAAGUUUUUGUGUCCAUUACAUGUUUCAUUUUUCCACAUGAAGGGUUAAUUUCUGAAAUAUUAUGUAUUGUAUUUUUUUUCUCUUUGGGGGAAAAAUAAAAAAAACACUUCUGUUUAUCA